UCUAUCAGUUUCACCAACAAUAUGGAACUCAGAAACCAAACAGAUGUUUCAAAAUUCUUUCUCUUGGGACUGACAACAGAUCCAGAAAUGCAACCCCUCAUCUACAACAUGUUCCUGUUUAUGUAUCUGGUCAUCAUCCUGGGAAACCUGCUCAUCAUCCUGGCUGUCAGCUCUGACUCCCACCUCCACACACCCAUGUAUUACUUCCUUGCCAAUCUGUCCUUUACAGACAUAGGUUUAAGUACAACUGUAAUCCCAAAGAUGCUGGUGAACAUCCAGGUACAUGGAAAAUCUAUCACUUUCGCAGGUUGCCUCACACAGGUAUGCACACUAUUAGUUUUUGCAGGUUUUGAAAAUUUCCUUCUUGCAAUAAUGGCCUAUGACCGCUAUGUGGCCAUCUGUUUCCCACUGAGAUACACAGUCAUCAUAAACCCUCGACUCUGUGGCCUGCUGAUUAUACUCUCCUUGUUCUCUAGCAUCAUGGAGGCCCUGCUCCAUAGUCUAAUGUUGUUGAAAUUGUCCUUCUGUAAAAACCUGGAAAUCCCCCACUUUUUCUGUGAACUUACUCAGGUCCUCAAGCUUGCCUGUUCUAAUACUCUCAUCAAUAACAUCUUACUAUAUUUUAUAAAUGGCUUAUUUUCUGCUAUUCCUCUCUUUGGGAUCAUUUUCUCUUAUGUUAAAAUUGUCUCCUCCAUUCUGAAAAUGCCAUCAGCUGGAAAAUAUAAAGCUUUUUCUACCUGUGGGUCUCACCUCUCAGUUGUUUUCUUAUUCUAUGGAACAGGAUUUGGUGUCUACAUUAGUUCUUCAUUUUCACACUCAUCCAGUAAGAUAGCAGUAGCCUCGGUGAUGUACAGUGUGGUUCCUCAAAUGAUGAAUCCUUUUAUCUACAGCCUGAGGAACAGGGACAUGAAAGUAUCCUUGAGAAAAAUCAUUGGUAGGAUACCUUCUUUUUAG